GGCGGGGAAGGGCGCUGGGUUUGAGCCGGGGCAGCGCGAUGGCGCCGGGUGGGCUGUGAGGGGCGGCGGGAGCUCGGGAGGUAUGGCGGAGCAGAGGCGCAGGCUGGUGCGGCUGGCGGUGCUGGAGGAGCUCCGGGCCUCUUACGGGAUUAAGCUGAAGAGCGGGAGCUGUCUGGGGGCCGCCCAGCAGCCCGGAGCGGCGGCCGCGGAGGGUAAAAUCUUUGGAACAUCCUUUCAUGCAUUACCGCUAUCGCAUGUGCCAGAAUAUGGUUAUAUUCCGAGCUUUCUUGUUGAUACUUGUGAAUAUUUGGAAGAACAUGUUCACACCGAGGGACUCUUCAGAAAAACUGGAUCUCUUGUUCGUUUAAAAGCCUUAAAGAGUAAACUGGAUCAAGGUGAAAACUGCCUCUCUGCUGCGUUGCCAUGCGAUGUUGCAGGGCUUGUGAAACAGUUCUUUAGAGAGUUGCCAGAACCCAUCCUUCCACCUCACUUGCAGGAAGGGCUUUUCAAAGCUCAACAGCUAGGAAAUGAGAAGAAAAAUGCGACUGUGUUGCUGUCCUGUUUGAUGUCUGACAGAACAAUUGAAGCUUUGAGAUACUUCUUCAACUUUCUGAGAACUGUGUCCCUAAGGUCCAAUGAAAACAGAAUGGAUAGCAGUAAUCUGGCAGUGAUUUUUGCUCCCAACCUCUUGCACUCGAAUGAAAUGGAGAAGAUGUCAGCCGAUACAGAAAAAAAAAUUCGCUUGCAAGCCGCUGUUGUGCAAACACUUAUUGACCAUGCAGCAGAAAUCGGACAAGUACCAGAAUUUAUCUUGGAAAAGAUUCCUGCAAUGUUAGGUGUUGACGCCUUUCAAUCUACUCCCUCACUGUGGGGCCACGAAGACAGUGAAAACGAAUCUCCCAGUGAAUGUAAGAAGAGGAAGCACCAAAGUGUUGGGGAUGUGGUUAGUGGAGCAUUGAAUAAAUUUAAAUCUAACAGAACACCCUCCACCACACCUCAACAAAAUAAAAGUGUCUUUUCAUCAGUGACUCCAGUGGUUCUUACUCCAAGUACCAAGCGUAAGCUUCCAACUGAUUGCUCUCAGGGCUUGUCCAGCAAGAAGAGAAGAUCUUUUAAGCAUAGUUUUGCUUUUGAGUUGUUACCAAGUAGCAUUUUUAACAGCAGCUCAACACCAGCAUCAGUUCAGUUUGAACCAAGCCCUUGCGUGUCUCUUGAGUCAUCGCAAGCCUCACUGUCUCCUUCAGCUGGUGGUGAAAAUCAUCUUAGUACAGGGAUCAGAAGAAGUAAGAGACGUACAAGCAAAAAAUUAUACAGGGCUGAAUCAGGAAAGACAGGUUGUUUUUCUCCAAAGAUUAGCCGAAAAGAAAUGGUUCGUAGGUCACUACGCUUGAAGUUUGGUUUGGGGAAAAGCAACAGAGAAAUGAAUAUUGUAUCAGGAUGUGCAGUUGGUAAUAGAUCUGAAAAUAUUGGAAGACGUCUUGCAAGCCAACAAAGUUUGGAAACCAAAACUGAAUGUGCAAGAAGAGAUGUACUCUUCAGUCCGUAUGUCCGUGAAAAAAUACCUAAGAAAAGUUCAAAGAAUGUGAGCAAGUCGGAAGAAAACUUGCUAACUCCAAAAUGUCAUGAUAAAGUAGUUCACCGAAUGUCAUGGAACAGUCCUACUGUUACAGAUUUUCAGGUGAUCAGCAGUAAUGUGGGAACUCUGCCAGGAUGCCCUGAAACAGGAACCUGUUCUUCCGAAUCUGUUUUGAUGUUUGGAAACACACCAGUUAUUACAGAUGAAUUCAAAUCCACAACUGUAAGCAAACAAAACAACAACUUAGAACUUUUGCUUUGUGAAGAGGAAAGUAAUUCAACUGCAGAAACAUUACUGAAAAUUAAGCAAGCUUUCUCUGCUUCUGGAAGUAAUCGUCACAAUUUGAUAGGUGAUACAAAAUCUUCCUUCUCAGAUGUAGCAAGUGAACCGUUAAAUGAAACUCCGUGUCUCUCAGGGCUCAGUUCAGAGAAAGAAUUGUUAGCUGAGGAAGUUUCUGAAAAUCUAGCAAAUACAAAAUCCAUAGAGCUGUUGCAUCAAUUUAAUAAAUCUAUUGUAACUGAUAAACAGCAAUCAAAAAAAGAUGAAAUUAAAGUUUUGGAGAAAAACUUCAGAACUUCUAUUGAGAUUGAACUUCAUGUCACAAAGCCAGAUAUAAAAAAAUCAACAGAACUUCCUGUGCCGCAAGUACUGGCCAGGGAAGACAAGAUAAAUGUUCAGAACAGUUCGUCAAAAGAUGACUUAAACAAAUUGGAUUCCUUUGGAAGAAAAGAAGAAAUGGGAUUAACAAGCUUGCAAACAGAUGAAAACCGUAUGGUAGAAUGCCGUAGUUUGGAAGAAGAUACGGAUAAACUUUCUAUGGCAGGACAACUUCCUGCUUCACAGUUGCCUAAAUCGCAAAAUGAAGUAAGCAACCAGUACUUGCAAGCUGAAAAUUCUGAUAAAAUUUCAACUAAAACAUCAGCUGUUUCUGACCAUGGAAAGGUUUCUGACCACAUACAAUGGUUCAAUAAGCUUUCAUUAAAUGAUCCAAGUUCGACAAGCAAAACUAAGCAGCCUCUUAAGUUUCAACGUACUCCUGUUAGACAGUCUGUAAGAAGAAUCAAUUCCUUAUUGGAGGCUAACAGACGAUCUGUAAGCUCUCAGCUCCUUCAAGCAAGUGAUGUUGGUUCACCGCUUGUUAAAUCUUUGAGCUAUGAUUCUGCACUAUUCUGCACACAAAAGCCCUCAAAGAAUUCUAUGGCUUUGCCACUCAGGACUGAAAGUAAAUAUGACCAAGCUUCUGUAUCUCAUAAGCAGCUGAACAUAACAUCCACAUCAUGUUGCAGGCAGUUAAAUCCAUCAGAUAAGCCUGAUGUUUCUGUCAGAACUGCUGGAACGCACGAACAGAAAGCGACUGUUCAUCCAUCAAAGUCUGUUCUAGAAGAUCUAACCAAUCAGGAAACAGUGAAAUCCAGUUUAAAAGUUAAUGCAAACAUAAAUAUUCCAUGUGCUACCCCAGAAAAAUCUACAGUCACAAGAAGUGCUUCAGGAAAGGAAAGAGCUCGUUGCAGAGGCUCUCCAAAGAAUCCAAUAUCUAAAGUGAAACUGCUACCAGCUGCAAAACCAGUAGACUUAUAAGAUCAAAUAUGAUGGCUAAAUGGGCUUAUUACAACUUGUUACCCUUUGGAAAAUCUGAAUUUGCAUGAUUUUUUUUCGCUCUAAUUAUUUGUAUUUUUUGAUUUAUCUUUUCAUUGUAUGAGUCAUGGACUUGUAGAAAUAACAAUUUGGUUUAUGUUGAGGUUUUCUUCAUUUACUGAAACUUCUGUAAAUGCUAAUCAGUUCAUCCAAAUGGUUUGAGUCCUAAGACAAAAAUAACCUGUUUUUACAGAUGUUUGUAUUAGAAUUCAUAUUUGAUUAUCUUGGCUUCUAAAAACUCGCUGCAUCUCCCAAGACAAUUUUUGCAGUAUCUAGACUAAAUGCCAAGUUUUUUUAAAAAAAGUACUCAGACAUUUAAAACAAACCAAGCAGCCCUGAGGAAAAAAAAAUAUUUUGAUGCUGAGUAUUGGUAGUUAAAUUUAUUUACUUUUUAAAGUGUAUCAUAGCACUACUUUGAUAUUCAAGUUGGACCUUACACCAGACCUUACACCAAGUCUACAUCUUUUGAGACCAUGGUUUUUAUUUCUAUUCUUGUAAAUUGAGACCAUAUUUUCCUUGUUCAGUAGGUAACCGAAUUUUAUUUUGACAUGAGUAUGUACUGAAGUGGAGAAUUAUUAGAACAGCUGGGAAAUGUGCAGCUUAUUCAAGAAGUAAGAAGUCUUAAAACUUCAUGAAGUAAUGUGUUCUGCAAUAGGUACAAAGUAUUUUCAGUUGAGAGCAGUGAAAUGCUUUAUCUUAAUAUGAAAGUAUGGUUUUAACUUAUUUUUAGAGCAACAGAAGAGCGUUAACUAGGGGGUAGAGAAGCAGGUUUUAGAUGCUGAUAGUGUUGCGAGAGACGAAUGUAAGAAGCCAUAGUGUGUUAAAAGUUGAUUUGCACAAGCAAAUGUUUACAUCUUUUGGAAUUAGAACUGUUUGUCUGUCAUCGGUUGUAAAAUUAUUUAAGAGUAAACACUUGAAACUGUUCGUUAGCUUUUUGUAUGUGCAAAUUGCUUAUUGGCAAUAAGCAAGCUGUAAGAACUAAAAGCACUGGAUACUUCUGGUUUUAAUAAAACCAUUGGU